AUGAGAGAGCUGGGAUCGAACCNCAAACGAUCUGCAUCUCAAGAUGGACAAGAAGACAAACGAUCUGCAUCACAAGAUCGACAAGAAGACAAAUGGUCUGUAUCACAAGAUGGACACGACGACAAACGAUCUACAUCACAAGAUGGACAAGACGACAAACGAUCUGCAUCUCAAGAUGGACAAGAAGACAAACGAUCUGCAUCACAAGAUCGACAAGAAGACAAAUGGUCUGUAUCACAAGAUGGACACGACGACAAACGAUCUACAUCACAAGAUGGACAAGACGACAAACGAUCUGCAUCUCAAGAUGGACAAGAAGACAAACGAUCUGCAUCACAAGAUCGACAAGAAGACAAAUGGUCUGUAUCACAAGAUGGACACGACGACAAACGAUCUACAUCACAAGAUGGACAAGACGACAAACGAUCUGCAUCUCAAGAUGGACAAGAAGACAAACGAUCUGCAUCACAAGAUCGACAAGAAGACAAAUGGUCUGUAUCACAAGAUGGACACGACGACAAACGAUCUACAUCACAAGAUGGACAAGACGACAAACGAUCUGCAUCUCAAGAUGGACAAGAAGACAAACGAUCUGCAUCACAAGAUCGACAAGAAGACAAAUGGUCUGUAUCACAAGAUGGACACGACGACAAACGAUCUACAUCACAAGAUGGACAAGACGACAAACGAUCUGCAUCUCAAGAUGGACAAGAAGACAAACGAUCUGCAUCACAAGAUCGACAAGAAGACAAAUGGUCUGUAUCACAAGAUGGACACGACGACAAACGAUCUACAUCACAAGAUGGACAAGACGACAAACGAUCUGCAUCUCAAGAUGGACAAGAAGACAAACGAUCUGCAUCACAAGAUCGACAAGAAGACAAAUGGUCUGUAUCACAAGAUGGACACGACGACAAACGAUCUACAUCACAAGAUGGACAAGACGACAAACGAUCUGCAUCUCAAGAUGGACAAGAAGACAAACGAUCUGCAUCACAAGAUCGACAAGAAGACAAAUGGUCUGUAUCACAAGAUGGACACGACGACAAACGAUCUACAUCACAAGAUGGACAAGACGACAAACGAUCUGCAUCUCAAGAUGGACAAGAAGACAAACGAUCUGCAUCACAAGAUCGACAAGAAGACAAAUGGUCUGUAUCACAAGAUGGACACGACGACAAACGAUCUACAUCACAAGAUGGACAAGACGACAAACGAUCUGCAUCUCAAGAUGGACAAGAAGACAAACGAUCUGCAUCACAAGAUCGACAAGAAGACAAAUGGUCUGUAUCACAAGAUGGACACGACGACAAACGAUCUACAUCACAAGAUGGACAAGACGACAAACGAUCUGCAUCUCAAGAUGGACAAGAAGACAAACGAUCUGCAUCACAAGAUCGACAAGAAGACAAAUGGUCUGUAUCUCAAGAUGGACACGACGACAAACGAUCUACAUCACAAGAUGGACAAGACGACAAACGAUCUGCAUCUCAAGAUGGACACGACGACAAACGAUCUGCAUCUCAAGAUGGACACGACGACAAACGAUCUGCAUCUCAAGAUGGACACGACGACCAACGAUCUGCAUCACAAGAUGGACACGACGACAAACGAGCAACAUCACAAGAUGGACAAGACGACAAACGAUCUGCAUCUCAAGAUGGACACGACGACAAACGAUCUGCAUCUCAAGAUGGACAAGACGACAAACGAUCUGCAUCACGAGAUGGACACGUCCGCAGACGGUCUGAAUCGAAGGACAGGAACAAGGACCCGCGACCAUCAUCGAUGGACAAGGACGAAAACUUUCGAUUCGUUUGCAAAAAUAGAGAAGCAAUUGCCUCCUGCUGUUCAGAACAGGGUCGUACCUUGAAUACAGACGAGUCAAUUCAUUCGUCUCUGCCCAAGUCUCAAUUUCUUGGAGAGGAAUUUGAAAUAUCGCAUCCGCGUCGAUACCAGUCAAGCUCGCUCUCGAGCAAACUUCCUCUCACCGCAAAAACUUCAGAUGUCCCAG